GAAUGAAUGUAAACUUCACCAUGUGCAGUGAGAGCUGCUUGCUUUCCCCCUCGGGGUAACAUAUAAGAGACGUAAUGGAAAAAUCUCAGUCACUUCAAUCUACUCUCAACCCCCGGAUCUCCAGCAAACUCACUGCGCUGGAGCUCCAAACACACGCCGAACACCGAACGAGGAGUAAUGGAGCGGAUCACCAUGUAGACAGCUGCCGUCGGGAAGCAGGUAGAAUGGGAAACCACGUAUGGAGAGCCGUCGGUCUGCAGCCGUGGUGAGCGCAGACGUCCUCAGGACCUCAGCUGGGAUCUCGCGGAUGGCUGUCGCGUAACGCAGAGGAGCCUCUCAUCAACUGCGGACAGGAUCUGUUUUCUUCUUCAUCCUCCUCUCUCACCUCCUGUUCUCUCCUGCAUUGCUCUCGUUUUUUUUAGACACCUGUUCUCCAGCCGCACCAGGGACUCCUUCUCUGCCCCGUGCAGCGUUUUCUCUAUUUUUCCCAUCUGCUUUGAAGAAAAGCUACCAAGCAAUACUCAGCCACCAUGGGGGACAUGACAAACAGCGAUUUUUACACCAAGAACCAAAGAAACGACAGCAACCAUGCGGGGGGAUUUGGAUGCUCGCUCAUGGAGCUGCGUUCCCUCAUGGAGCUCAGAGGAACGGAGGCGGUGGUCAAAAUUCAGGAGGACUACGGAGGUGUCGAGGGACUGUGCCAGAGGCUGAAAACCUCGCCGACAGAGGGUUUGGAUGGAGUUGCCACAGAUCUAGAUAAAAGAAAAGAAGUCUUCGGGCAAAAUCUUAUACCUCCAAAGAAGCCAAAAACUUUUUUACAGUUAGUGUGGGAAGCAUUACAAGAUGUGACCCUCAUUAUCCUGGAGAUUGCAGCGCUGAUCUCUCUGGGACUGUCCUUUUAUCAGCCGCCUGGAGAAUCCUGUGGGACGGCGAAUGCGGGUGCGGAGGAUGAAGGGGAAGCGGAGGCCGGUUGGAUCGAGGGGGCAGCUAUCUUACUCUCAGUGGUCUGUGUUGUUCUGGUCACGGCCUUCAACGACUGGAGCAAGGAGAAACAGUUCAGGGGUUUACAGAGCCGCAUCGAACAGGAACAGAAAUUCCAAGUGGUGCGAGGAGGGCAGGUCAUCCAACUUCCUGUGGCAGAUAUUUUGGUUGGCGAUAUUGCACAAAUCAAGUAUGGUGACCUGCUUCCAGCUGAUGGGGUCUUGAUACAAGGCAAUGAUCUGAAGAUUGACGAGAGUUCUCUGACAGGGGAAUCUGACCAUGUGCGCAAAGCUGCAGAUAAAGACCCCAUGCUUCUCUCUGGCACCCAUGUGAUGGAGGGCUCGGGUCGAAUGCUGGUCAUGGCUGUCGGAGUGAACUCUCAGACUGGGAUCAUCUUCACUUUGCUCGGUGCUGGAGGAGAGGAGGAAGAGAAAAAAGAGAAGAAAGGUCAGGCUCUGGAGGAUGGCCAUCACCUGGCAGACUGCUCCCAUCCCUCCUCACACCCCAUCGCAACUAUAGCUACCGAUGGUGCGGCAAGCGCAAAUGCCCCUGGUAAUACCAGCCUAGUCAAUGGUAAAAUGCAGGAUGGAAAUAUGGAGAACAACCAGACCAAAGUGAAGAAGCAGGACGGUGCUGCAGCAAUGGAGAUGCAGCCCUUGAAGAGUGCAGAGGGUGGAGAGGCCGAUGACAAAGAGAAGAAGAAAGCCAAUGUCUCCAAGAAGGAGAAAUCCGUUCUGCAGGGAAAACUGACCAAGCUGGCCGUGCAGAUCGGCAAAGCAGGUUUGGUGAUGUCUGCCAUUACAGUCAUCAUCUUGGUGCUUUACUUUGCAAUCGAUAACUUUGUGCUCCUGAAGAGGCCGUGGCUGCCAGAGUGUACGCCGAUCUACAUUCAGUAUUUUGUCAAAUUCUUCAUCAUUGGCGUUACAGUGCUGGUGGUGGCUGUUCCUGAAGGCCUUCCGCUGGCUGUCACCAUCUCUCUGGCCUACUCAGUGAAGAAAAUGAUGAAGGAUAAUAAUUUGGUACGCCAUCUGGAUGCUUGUGAGACCAUGGGCAAUGCCACAGCUAUCUGCUCAGACAAGACUGGCACACUGACCACCAAUCGAAUGACAGCAGUGCAGUGUUAUGUGGGCGAUGUCCGUUACAAGGAGAUACCAGACCCCAGCUCCAUCCCACCCAAGACUCUGGAUAUACUGGUCAACGCUAUAUCCCUCAACAGCGCCUACACUACUAAAAUACUGCCUCCAGAUAAGGAAGGAGGUCUUCCCAAACAAGUGGGCAACAAAACCGAGUGCGGCCUGCUGGGUCUGGUCCUGGAUCUGAAACGAGACUACCAGACCGUCCGGAACCAGAUCCCAGAGGAGAAACUCUACAAGGUGUACACCUUCAACUCCGUGCGGAAGUCCAUGAGCACCGUCAUCAAGCUCCCAGACGGCAGCUUCAGAAUGUACAGCAAAGGAGCGUCCGAAAUCGUCCUUAAAAAGUGUACUCGCAUUCUGAACGAGGCGGGCGAAGAACGCGUCUUCAGACCAAGGGACAGGGACGAGAUGGUGAAGAAAGUAAUCGAACCCAUGGCCUGCGAGGGGCUCAGAACCAUCUGCGUGGCCUACCGUGACUUUCCUGCAGACCCGGAGCCCAACUGGGAGGACGAAAACAACAUUUUGUCUGAGCUGACCGCAAUAUGUGUUGUUGGAAUUGAGGAUCCCGUCAGACCUGAGGUGCCCGAUGCCAUCCUGAAAUGCCAGCGUGCUGGAAUAACUGUGCGUAUGGUGACAGGAGACAACAUCAACACGGCACGAGCCAUCGCUAUCAAAUGUGGCAUCAUCCACCCCGGAGAAGACUUCCUGUGCAUCGACGGGAAAGAGUUCAACAGGAGGAUCAGGAAUGAGAAGGGAGAGGUUGAGCAGGAGCGCAUUGAUAAAGUGUGGCCUAAACUGCGAGUGCUUGCCAGAUCCUCACCGACGGACAAACACACGCUGGUCAAAGGUAUCAUUGACAGCACUCUGGUGGACCAGCGGCAGGUGGUUGCUGUAACUGGUGAUGGAACCAACGACGGACCGGCCCUCAAGAAGGCAGACGUGGGUUUCGCCAUGGGAAUCGCAGGGACAGAUGUGGCCAAAGAGGCGUCUGACAUCAUCCUGACGGAUGAUAACUUCUCCAGCAUCGUGAAGGCCGUGAUGUGGGGACGCAACGUCUACGACAGCAUCUCGAAGUUCCUCCAGUUCCAGCUGACCGUUAACGUGGUGGCUGUGAUCGUUGCCUUUACCGGAGCCUGUAUCACACAGGAUUCUCCUCUGAAAGCAGUGCAGAUGUUGUGGGUGAACCUGAUCAUGGACACGUUUGCAUCUCUUGCUCUGGCCACUGAACCGCCCACCGAGGCUCUGUUGAUGAGGAAACCUUACGGCCGAAACAAACCCCUGAUCUCCAGCACCAUGACCAAGAACAUCCUGGGCCAUGGCGUGUACCAGCUCAUCAUCAUCUUCACGCUGCUGUUUGUGGGCGAGCAGAUCUUUGACAUCGACAGUGGCAGGCACGCGCCGCUGCAUUCUCCUCCAUCUGAGCACUACACCAUCAUCUUCAACACCUUCGUCAUGAUGCAGCUCUUCAACGAGAUCAACGCACGCAAGAUCCAUGGAGAGAGGAACGUGUUUGAUGGCAUUUUCAGAAAUCCCAUCUUCUGCUCCAUUGUUCUGGGCACUUUCGCCAUUCAGAUCGUGAUUGUUCAGUUUGGAGGGAAACCGUUCAGUUGUUCUCCUCUGGACCUGGAUAAGUGGAUGUGGUGUGUGUUCCUGGGGAUGGGAGAGCUGGUCUGGGGACAGGUUAUCUCAACAAUCCCAAACAGUAAGCUGAGGUUCCUCAGAGGGGCUGGUCAGCUGUCGCAGAAGGAUGAAAUGCCCGAGGAGGAGAUGAACGAGGACCAGGAGGAGAUCGAUCACGCUGAGAGAGAGUUGCGGAGAGGGCAGAUCCUCUGGUUCAGAGGCCUCAACAGAAUCCAGACUCAGAUCGAGGUAGUGAACACAUUCAAGAGCGGGACUUCCUUUCAGGGGGCUCUGAGACGCCAGUCCUCCACCACCAGUCAAAAUCAGGAUAUACGUGUUGUGAACGCAUUUCGUAGCUCCCUCUACGAAGGCUUGGAAAAACCCGAAUCCAGAACCUCCAUCCACAAUUUCAUGACUCAUCCAGAGUUUAGAAUAGAGGACUCCACACCUCACAUUCCUCUCAUAGACGACACCGACAUUGACGACGAGGCAGCCAGAAAGAACUCCAGUCAGCCCUCAUCUCCCAACAAGAACAACAACGCCAUCGACAGUGGCAUAAACCUGACGACCGACACAAGUAAAUCUGCUGCUUCCUCCAGUCCCGGGAGCCCGCUUCAUAGUCUGGAAACAUCGCUUUAGCCACCUCAUGUGAGAGACCUCUCAAGAAUCAUCUUAUACUCUACAUUUAAAAGCGCUCCGGAGUACACACGAACAUGGAUCGUGUACUGUUGACUGUAUGUGUGGUUGCACCACAUUCUUUUAUCGAACGCAUGAAUGACGACUGACUCGGACGAUCGCGGAGCGACUCGAGAAACAAUACAAGAGCGCAAGCGCAACGCUCCCACUUCCUGAGGAAACGACAGAAUAUUAUGAGUAAUUUAAAUCGAAUUCAGCUAUUACCGUUGCUCCUGCAUGAAUGUACAUUACCCAGGUUUUUAUUUGGAAACCUUCAUUUUUAUUUAAACGGUUUUGAUUUGAUGGGAUGUGCAGUGGACUGCUAUUUUAAGACAGCUUCUCUGAUUCACUGAUCUGUGAGUAUUGUGUGUGGCAUGUAUCUAAUUGUAUAGAUUUAUUUGGUUAUUGAUUAAGGUGUAUCCAGGUUGCAGGACUCCGAACUUGCACAGUAGAUUUGCACCUGUCGGAAAAAGAGAAACCCAUGGAAAUUAGAAUUUAUUAAGCGUACAUAUAUAUUUAUAGACAUAUUAUAAAUAUAUAUUUACAGAGUUUAUCUUUAUUUGUUGGCAUGUUGCCUUGUUCUGCUUCAAUAACUACUUUAACUUAUUUAUGUCCUAAAGAGAAUGUAAUUUGUUUACAAACUUGUAGAUACGUCCUGGUUUCUUUGUAGGGUUUAAAACUUCUUUGUAGGGUUCAAAACCACACAGCAGACGUAGUUGGAACAGCUCAUGUUGUUCAGUACUCCUGUAAUAUCACACUUUAGAUGUUUUAUUUCCAAUUGUGCGCUGGACUUGCCUGCUAUUUUGUCAAAUAAUGUAGAUAUUUUUAGAAGAUAACAAAAGAAACCAAAAUAUAGUGGGAUAUAUCAUUCACGUGGCAUCGAAGUAUUAAAUAAGUGUCGGGAUCGACGGCUCCGAACACCCCGAAAACAUCCAAUCGGUUUGGCUAGCUUCGAAGGUUUCGGCGAUGAACUUGUGGUCGGCCUCAAAUGUGAGCAGAUAUAUCAGGUUGGAUUUAAAUAUCUUCUUUAGAAGUACAUACUAUUUAACAUAAAAUAGUUUCAGUUCCGUGUGUCCAUCGGAAGCUGCGAUGGGUUUUAUGUUGGAAACAUGUAAACUAAGUUAUAUCUGGCAUCUCUGUAUGGAAAUCAAAAUUGUGUUCAAAUAAUGUGAUUUAUUGUGUUUAUUCUUCUUUUUGGCAUUUAAUUUGUAUAUUUCUUUUGCUUAAAGGAAAUGAACCCAGCUGCUGAGCUGAUGACAAUUUGAACAACUGAAUUAUGUCAUGUAACGAAACGAAAAGAAGGAAUUUUGCUUUUGACUCUUUUCUUAAAAAAAAGAAAAAAAAAAGAAAAACCCAAACCAACAACAACAAAAAAAUAUAUAUCUAUAUACCUAUAUAUAAAUUUAUAAUCCUUUUCUGCACUAUCGGGAUAUGAAUGAAUUUCUGUGGUGUAAAUUUAGAUGUGCUUCUGUGUUCAAAUCAAGCUUGUCUUCCUGCAGUCAGUAAAUAUACUCUAGCAUCUCAACAGUAUUCACUAGUCGUUAACUAUUUAUUGUACUCUAGAAGCAAAAGGACAAACGGGGGUCUGUCGGAAGGCACACUUAUGAAGUCACCCAUGUAUUUAUUGAUAUUCUUUGGAAUUGGUAAGGCAUGAUGUCAUACACUUAAUAUGCAACUCAUUUUUCUCCAUCCUUCUUAAAUUUGAACUUUUUUGACAAUUUUACUCAUCGAGAUAAGGUGCACAAGCUUUAACUGUUAGCUCAGGCAUACUCAACGAGAGAAAUAUAUACAGAAAACUGAGACAGAUUUAUUUAUUUUUUCCCCAGAAAUUGUUUGCCUUUAAUAAUGUUAAAGGUAUAGUUUACUCACCCUCACGCCGUUGUAAAAGCACCAUGAAAGCUUCACAGAAGUGAGCCGCAUGACUUCUAUACUUUUAAAGGUGACAUAUCAGGACAAUCAGACUUUUCCAGGUUUUAAGUGCUAUAAUCAGGUCCCCGGUGCAUCUAACAACCAAGGAAACAUGACAAAGAUUAACCCAGUAACUUUUUUUGUAAGCCUUUUUCUGCAAGCAUCUGAAAAAACGAGCGUGUCAGGUUUUGCUCCUCUAGUGACGUGCAAAGGGAUCUCAUUAAUAUCACCGCCCCUUAAUCUGUCAUUUUCCAUCCACGGCGCCGUCAUUUUGAUUUUGCAAGUGACAACAGCGUACCAGUUCUAAUGCCAUGGUGAAAGUUUGAGCAAAACAUGCUAACUGUUCUGUCUUUGGCUGCACAGAUGAGCACAGAACACUAUUUAGAGGCCCAGCCUCAGAGGAGACAACAGAGCAGUGGAUUUAUUGAUUUAUUUACCGUAUAUUGCUGCUGCCACACAGAUCUAAAAUAAACAUAUGAUUUAUUUCCCAGCUGUUGACCUUCACGGACAUAACUGACUGUUUUUGUAACUCAUGUGUUUUUAAUGUUAACUUGUGUGUGAAUGAGAACUUAGUUUAGUACUCACAAGCUGUGGCAGCCGCUUUCUGUACGUGUGCGCCCAGAAAACCUUAUAUCAGAAGUUUAAACUAAUAUGGUUAAAAAUGCAUAAUUUUAGCGAGAUAAACAUGAUAAUCAGAACCCAAACAGAUGUUUUUAUCAGGUAGGAGCUGUAAUGGCGCAGCUCUAUUCUGGAAAAGGGGGUGGGGUGCAGCAGCCCAUUUGCAUUUAAAGAGACAGGCACGAAAAACAGCAUGUUUCUGCUUCCACUCAAAAAUAGGCAUUUUCAAAAUUAUAUAAUAAAUUAUCUGUGGGGUAUUUUGAGCUGAAACUUCACAGACACAUUCUUGGUACACCUGAGACUUAUAUUACAUAUUAUAAAGAGGGGCAUGAUAUGUCUCCCGUUAAGACAUGAAACAACAGAAGCAGAUUAGAAUAAAGGAAUUAUCUACAGAAAGUCAUGACCUCUCCUUGGCAUGUUCGCGAGAGAGCUAAUGAUGAACAAACUGAUCUUUUCAAUUGAACGGCUGAUGGGUGAACUAUCCCUUUAACACAUGUCAAAGCCUCAUUCACAAUCAUUCUGUACACUGACCAAAAGAAUCACCUCUGACACGUUGAAAGGCACCGCAGGGGAGUUUGUCUGAAAUAUGCAUGGACUGCAAUGACUUCAGAAGAGAUCUUUUACGGUAUGACUGGCCACUUCAGUUGAAUUCAGUUUAGUUUUGCACCCUGUGUUGACGGACCUAAUAACGGAUGCAGUUUAAAAUGCUUAACUAAUAAAUCGGAAGGAUGACACCAUUCUAAUAAUCACGAAUAAUAAUAUUUCUUGCAAUACAUGAGCUUUUAUGUACUGUACUUAGCAGCAUGCGUUUUGUGGAACAAAGAGCAUACGACGCCACAGGUACUUUUGGUGCACUAGCAAUUUAUGGGUAAAUGAAAAGUGUUCAUCCAUCUUGUUUUUAUGAAUUUUAUAAUCUAUACAAUAAUUGUAAAUAAAAAAAACUCAAUGUCUUUGUUCAUUUAAUACUAUGCAAAAAGUCAAGCUUUCUGAUUGUUUCUCAUCUACCCUAGAGUGUGUUGCUGGAAUGUUUGUGGUCUCCAAGUCAGUAAAACAACAACAACAAAAAAAUUGUGAUGUAAAUGAUUUUCUAGCCUGAGAACAUGAACUGACUCUUGUUGCUUCACUGUCCAUACCACCAUUCCAGACAGGAGCGCAAGCGAUACAAAUGAAAUGAAAGAAAAAAUGACAAAAAAAACAAGCACUUAAUAAAUUCCCAGAGGAGCAUGAA